AAACAAAAAUAUCGAUAAUUAACAAUUUGGGCCUUGUUGAACAAUGAAUGCUUUAAAAGUCAGGAACGGAAAUGCAAAGGUUGUGGAGUCAGGCCAAUUUUUUUAGCAGUAGACCAAACCAUUUUUCUUCAUUGACCAGGUUUCUUCAAUUCUAUAAGAAAACAUCUCCUUUCUGCACAAGAACCAUUCUCUGCGGAUAUAAAUCCCCAUCAUCAGUUGUUAUAAAGUAUACUUUAAAGUAGUCAGUAAAAUAGAAUAUCAGUCAACAAAAACUCAAUAUGUGUACCCAAGAUCAUGGCUACAUAGUAGUCAUGAAUUCCCUUUUUUUUACCCAGACAAGGACUGUUUUGUUCAGGCAUUAGCAUAGGAAACUCAACUAGUAUUUUUUUAUUUCCCUUUUUUUCUUCUAAUUUUUGAGAACACAUGCUUAUCUCUAAAAAAAUAUUUGCACUUGCUUCUGGCUUAAGUGCUCUAGUUGCUGUUACUGCACUCUCACCUUUGGAACAAGUUCCUUUUAAGGUCUCUGAAUAUAGCUCACAAGGCUUUAGUAUUUUGACAAGUGAUAAGGUCCAAGGUUAUUCUGUCAGAAUAAAGCAACCCAAAUCCUGCGAAGAAGGUAUCCAGUCAAGAAGUAACCCUGAAACAGAUGAUACUGUAUUGUGGUUGAAUGGAGGACCUGGUUGUUCUUCUAUGAUGGGUCUAUGGAUGGAAUUAGGUCCUUGUCUUGUCAAUGAGUUUGGUAAUGCUACCACUAGAAACCCCUAUAGUUGGAACACGGCUGCUAACGUCUUUUUCUUGGACCAGCCUGUCAAUGUUGGUUAUAGUUACGGCAAAUCAAAAGUCAGCAGCACACAAGAAGCUGCUAAGGAUGUCUAUGCUUUCCUUCAACUGUUCUUCGGUAAACACAAGCAAUACGCUUCAAACUCAUUCCAUAUCUCUGGCGAAUCCUAUGGUGGUCACUACUUACCAGCCAUUUCUACUGAAAUCAUUCGCAACAACAAACAAGCUGAAGAAAAGGGUCUCCUCAAAAUCAAUUACAAGUCCAUGUUGAUUGGCAACGGAUGGACAGAUGUACGCACGCAGUAUAGAGAAUACGCUACUUAUGGCUGUACCAAGGAUAGUAAAUACAAACCCUUGUUUGACGAAGACACAUGUGAAAAGAUGAGAAAUUCUUACCCUCAAUGCAAGCGACUUAUGGAUGCCUGUUACAAAUUCCCAAGUGCUCUUACCUGUAUUCCCGCCAAUAUCAACUGCGAUCGAUCUCAAGUAGGACCCUUCCAAAAAACAGGGUUGAAUAUUUACGAUAUCCGUAAGCCUUGCGUUGGUGAUACUGGAUUAUGCUAUGAUCUUAAGAUUGAAGACUAUGCCAACUUGGAUGAAGUCAGAGAGAAUUUGGGUGCGGAUUCAGAAGCCGGAAAAUACGAAAGCUGCAGUGACUCUGUUGGCUAUCGAUUCUAUCAAACAGGUGACGAAGGAAGAGAUUAUAGCACUCAUGUUGCAGAAACUUUGGAAGCUGGUGUCAAGGUAUUGCUCUAUGUUGGCGAUAUGGAUUAUAUCUGUAAUUGGAUGGGCAAUUUGGCCUGGAGUCACCAAAUGAAAUGGUUAGGGCAAAAGGGAUAUAACGAAGCACCCACAGAGAAAUGGUAUAGUGAUCUUACUGGUCAACAUGCUGGUGAUGUUCAAUCGUUUGGUAAUCUUACUUUCCUUCGUAUCUUUGACGCUGGCCACAUGGUUCCUUAUGAUCAACCCGAGAAUGCUCUCGACUUCUUCAACAAAUGGCUGAGUGAUCUUCCUUUGGCCAAUUAAACCAUUUCAUGCAGUGUAAUAAAAUAAGCGCGCUUACUAUUUUGUUACGCACUGUUAACCAAAUUCACCAAUCAUAUCAUGUCAAUACCGAGAAUAAAUUAUGAUUUCUAUUCUAUUCUAU